UUCCGGCGUCGCCGGAGUGAAUCGAUCCGGGAGUUGAGGGGGCUCCAGAGGUGGAAAGUGAAGUCGGGGUCUCAGUUGCCGGUCCAUGUAUAUUUUGUGCCCUAUUGUUUAACACGAAAGAAGAGAAGAAAUAUUGCAGUGAAUGAAGAUUCUUUUGCAUUUUAGCACUGCUUUUUCUACUCUAGUUGGCUUUUGAAUGAGGAUGACAAUGGAAGAGAUGAAGAAUGAAGCUGAGACCACUCCCAUGGUUUCUAUGCCCCUCUAUGCAGUCAUGUAUCCUGUGUUUAAUGAGCUAGAACGAGUAAAUCUCUCUGCAGCUCAGACACUGAGAGCUGCUUUCAUUAAGGCUGAAAAAGAAAAUCCAGGUCUGACACAAGACAUCAUUAUGAAAAUUUUAGAGAAAAAAAGUGUAGAAGUUAACUUCAUGGAGUCCCUUCUUCGAAUGGCUGCUGAUGAUGUAGAAGAGUAUAUGAUUGAACAACCCGAGCCAGAAUUCCAGGACCUAAACAAAAAGGCACGAGCACUUAAACAGAUUCUCAGUAAGAUCCCAGAUGAGAUCAAUGACAGAGUGAGAUUUCUGCAGACAAUCAAGGACAUAGCUAGUGCAAUAAAAGAACUACUUGAUACAGUGAAUAAUGUCUUCAAGAAAUACCAAUACCAGAACCGCAGGGCACUCGAACACCAAAAGGAAGAGUUUGUAAAGUACUCCAAAAGAUUCAGUGAUACCCUGAAAACAUAUUUUAAACAUGGUAAGGCAAUAAAUGCCAUAAGUGCCAACCGACUAAUUCAUCAAACCAACUUGAUACUUCAGACGUUCAAAACUGUGGCCUGAAAGUUGUAUAUGUUAAGGAUGUACUUCUCAGUGGCAGUAUUAAACUGACUUUAUCUGUAAAUUUUAAAGUUUGACUGUAUAAAUUAUCAGUCCCUCCUGAAGGGAUAUAUCCAGGAUGUUGAAUGGGAUUAUUGCCAUCUUCCACCAUAUUUUUGUAAAAUGUAGCUUAAUCAUAAUCUCACACUGAAGAUUUUGCAUCACUUUUGCUAUUAUCAUUCUUUGAAGAAUUAUAAGCCAAAAGAAUUUACGCCUUAAUGUGUCAUUAUAUAACAUUCCUUAAAAGAAUUGUAAAUAUUGGUGUUUGUUUCUGACAUUUUAACUUGAAAGCGAUAUGCUGCAAGAUAAUGUAUUUAACAAU